UGUCUAACAAGCACCAUUUUAUGGACAGCAACUUGCUCUACCAGUGCAGAAUGAACUUCCGCCGGCGGCGGCGGUUGAUGGAGCUCCUCACUGAGAAAUCUCGCUUGAUGCCAGAAAGCCAUGACAGCCCAUUUUGCCUGCGCAAACAGAACCAUGACAACAGAAAACACACCAGUUUUCUCUCAGUGAGUCCUACCAAGGAGAUAAAGAUCGUGUCGGCAGUGCGGAGGAGCAGCAUGAGUAGCUGUGGCAGCAGUGGGUACUUCAGCAGUAGCCCAACACUCAGCAGCAGUCCCCCUGUGCUCUGCAACCCUAAAUCUGUAUUAAAAAGACCCGUGACUGCUGAUGAGCUCUUGACGCCUGGAGCCCCAUACGUAAGAAAAACUUUCACGAUCGUCGGCGACGCGGUGGGCUGGGGCUUUGUGGUGCGGGGGAGCAAGCCCUGCCACAUCCAGGCUGUGGACCCCAGUGGGCCAGCAGCUGCAGCUGGGAUGAAGGUUUGCCAAUUUGUUGUGUCUGUCAAUGGCCUGAAUGUUCUCCACGUGGAUUACAGGACAGUAAGCAACCUCAUCCUGACUGGCCCUCGAACAAUUGUGAUGGAAGUGAUGGAAGAAAUGGAGGCCUGAGAAGGCAAAAAAACUCUUACUGGACAUUUUUGUGGGAGAAAUACAAAGACCAUGGAGUGGCAUGACACAACGUGGCAGAACAUUGCUGUGUCUAAAUAGAUGAUUUUGCUUUUGGGGGAGGGGGCUCUCUUGCAUUGAACAAUAAUAGCACUGGUGAUUAUGCUAAGAUGUGAACAAUAAAUACCAGCAUAUUUUCACUACAGACUUUUCUUUACCCAAUGGAGACAAGGUUAAGGCCUUUAGGUUGUCUCCUCCAGCCAUGUCUGCCUUGG